GAAACCGACUUGGCUGCAUGGAGCUUAUCGGUUUCACUGUCUUUCAUGCUGUUUUUGCAUAGCAUCGAUUCAGAAUAUCCAGUUUUCUUUCUUUUAUUGUUUAUAAAUAUCUGGGCUAGAGUUCGUCUUUUUCAUUUGAGGUAUUUUGAUGCUGCUAGUUUGGCUACGAUGCUAGCUAGCUAGCGUCGCUGCUAAAAGAAAAAAAAAAAACAAGAGAUUUGUUAACGUUCUGCUGGAGAAAGACAAAAGUGUGAGAUUUUUUAAAAUAGGUGAAAGUGAAUUAAUGUACUUAAGAAAAACCCCGUGAGUCUUGUUAGUUUAUUGAGUGGUACCAGGUUUAGCUAUUUUUACAUGUCGUUGACGGCUGCACGGCUAUAGAAAGUAAACGGAGAGCUUCGUUUUUGCUUUUUUUGUCAUCGCAGUUAAGCUGAGCUCAAUGGUUUCUUCAUUCAGUUUGCUUUAAAGUUACCUGGGUUUAUUUUGUUCAGAUUUAUAAGUUGUAUAAAAGCAGGUUAUUUAGUUUACUCUGAGGAAGCGAAUUUGACGGUUUAACGGUCGUUUUAUUUCAAUGUAGGUUUGAAUUUAAACACUUUUCGGCUCGCGCACUGGCAGUUCAUGUGCGCGUGCGUUACGCGGGUUCGCUCUGUUGUUUUGGGGUCUGUUCGGAGAUGCUGUACCCGCUGCUUAUACUUAAUGUAGAUUCUUACGCUUUAAUUUCCCUUUGUUUAGUUUAGCCAGUGCUUUGCAUUAAACUUACGUUUCUCAGCUAGUUUGUGCAAACACGCUUGCAGAUUAUUUUUGCACAAACUAACACUGCUGCAUCCAUUGCACAGAUCUUAAUUGUGCUACUUUAAAGAAACGGUGCGGGUUUUUAUUAGCCCGUAUUACAUGAUCGUGCACCCAUCGCACGCUCCCCUGUUGUACAUUGAAUAAACACAUUAUUUUUUAAAAACGGCUUGGACCAUGGAUGAACACCAGACCCGAAUGUUGUCGGGACUUACUGGGCUCGGUGGACUCGGGCAACCAGAUUCGGGCGAUCCAGACCCGGUUCGCAAGCAGCAGGACAUCGGAGACAUCCUGCAGCAGAUCAUGGCCAUCACCGACGAGAGUCUGGACGAAGCGCAAGCCAGAUGCUGGCCAGAGGAAGGACGAGGCGACCCCACACAGGCAGGGGGAGCUGGGGGGAGCACGGCGGGUGGGGAAUGCACCCUGCCGCUUGACUUCCAGCACAGGAAACAUGCACUGAACUGCCACAGAAUGAAACCUGCACUCUUCAGUGUGCUGUGUGAGAUCAAAGAAAAGACAGUGUUGAGCAUCCGCGGUGUGCAAGAGGAGGACCCCCCAGAUCCUCAGAUCAUGCGCCUGGAUAACAUGCUGCUGGCUGAGGGAGUUUCCGGUCCAGAGAAAGGUGGCGGAUCUGCAGCAGCGGCGGCAGCAGCUGCAGCUGGAGGGUCACCAAAUGAUGGCAGCGUCGAACACUCUGACUACAGAGCCAAACUAGCCCAGAUCCGUCAGAUUUACCACUCAGAACUAGAGAAAUAUGAACAGGCCUGCAGUGAAUUCACCAAUCACGUGAUGAACCUGCUGAGAGAGCAGUCACGCACACGGCCCAUCUCGCCCAAAGAGAUCGAGCGCAUGGUGGCCAUCAUCCACCGCAAGUUCAGCUCCAUUCAGAUGCAGCUAAAGCAGAGCACCUGUGAGGCAGUCAUGAUCCUGCGCUCACGCUUUCUCGACGCCAGGCGCAAGAGACGCAACUUUAACAAACAAGCGACGGAGGUGCUGAAUGAGUAUUUUUACUCUCACCUUUCCAACCCGUAUCCCAGUGAAGAAGCCAAGGAGGAGCUGGCCAAAAAGUGCGCCAUCACCGUGUCUCAGGUCUCUAAUUGGUUUGGCAACAAAAGAAUUCGGUACAAAAAAAACAUCGGCAAGUUUCAGGAGGAAGCAAAUCUGUACGCAGUGAAAACAGCAGUGGAUGCCGCCAACGUGUCUGCGCAGGCCAGCCAGGCCAACUCUCCAGCUACACCCAACUCAGGUGGAUAUCCCGCACCGUGCUACACACCUGAUGGGCGGCUAUGAAAGUAGUCAGGAAGUGCCCUUUACACCCCACACUGCCUAGACGUCAACAGAAGCUGGCAGGAAAGCAUCAUCACUCCUCUACCCGGACAUCCCAGCAGCGUGCAAUCAGACACCUAGAGCUAACACACACCACACACACACACACACACACAGGACCUCAGAGCUUCCAUCAGUACAACCCUGCUUCCUCCUUGGACUCUGCUUUUGUUUUACAAACUAUCAGCUGAUAAAGUCUCCAGCAUCAGUACUGAGCCACACACGUACACGUUCUCCCUCAUCCGCAUUUGGACGCAAGUCUGGACUUUAUUGGAAGCUAGUCCAGAAGCCUUUACCCUGCCCUUCCUGAGGCUCCAGCGCAGGAAAAGGAAAAAGAAAGGUCACACAUUAGCACAUCAGAGCUGAAUGCAGUCUAAUGUGCUGAAACUUUGCUCAACUUUGCUGCACCCUGGCCUGAUGAACCCAAACCACACACACGGCAUCGUUCACAGAGCCGUUUUUAACCCGAGUGGAGACCACACAGAAAUCGUUUCUGCCGGCUUGAACCAAAGCGCUGUCGAGUCUCAUCUGUUUCUCAACGAACGGCCUCGGACAGCUGAAACACGUCAAUACCACAGAGGUUCCCCUCAGUCCCCGUGUCCAAUCGGUUUCUGUUGUUCGCAUCUGUUUACCUCACAGCUGCCCAAGUGAUUAUGGACAUUUGCUUUAAUGUUAGAUUUACAUGCCGUCUUCCUGUGUUAAAUCAGCUAAGCACAAAUAUCAGUGAUGUGAUUUUUGUAAAAGGUGACGAGUGGUUUUCAUUUCUGAAGAAAUGGAGGGGAAGUUGGAGGGCAGGUCUGUACUGGAGAAGAGGGCAACGGAUAUUUUUAAUCAUGCACCUGUGAGCAAGUUUCUCUCCUGCACGUUUUUAAGAUGUAGCAGUGGAUUUCUUUAGUCCUAAUUUUUGCUUUAACCUCUUCAAAUAGUUUUUGUACGGCAUAUCAAGGAAAGAUUUCACCAGCCACUCUCUAGAGAUUAUAAUUUGCUUUUCCAAACAAACUAAAAUAAUAAUAUUAUAAAUAAUAAUAGAUGGUAACAAGAGUGGUGGCUUGGAUCAGUUUUUCUGUUGCCUUUUAAAAAAUGUAUUAUUUUUUGUUGAACCGUAAGAAGAUAGCCUGUCUUCCAUGCAUGUUGGUUCUUGAAGACAUUUUAGAGGUUCCACUUGUGUAGCUUGUCAGUUUUAGAUUUUGCCGUCUUAUUGUUUAGACAUACUGCAUCAAGGAAAGGGUUUAACUGUAGGACAGACCAAAAAGAUUGAAACUCAAGCAUCAUGUACAUGCAUACCAGCCCUCCAGGACACUCCAUUCACAACUGGGAGGUUUUACAGCACCAUUUCCCGACACCACCAUUGGCCCUCAAGAAGCACUGAGGAAGAUACACAGUGCUUUAGAGAGCAGCUAUCAGACUUCCAAACCAAAAAUGUUAAAUACUAGAUGUGUAAAAUAUACUAGGUACAGUUUGGGAGGAAGUGGGUAUAUUGGUAGGGAAUUAUUUUUAUGCUCUUGCUUGUGUUGCUACGUGUCCAUACAGACUGGGGCUUGUUUGUUACUUCCACUUUUUAACUGAUUGUAAUGUGUGAUAGAAAAUAUCCAUUCUGAUAUGCUGGCAUGAUACACCAUCCCCGUUAUGCUUUCAAACACAAAAAACUCUGUUUUUAAAUCCAUUAUCCUGCUACAAGGGCUUACCUGCUUUGACAUUGAACCAAAAAAUUGGCAUCCAGCGUUUCCUGGUUGUAAAGCUGGUGAACUACAGUCAAUGAGGCCCAUCAGAGCCAUUGUUUUGAAUGCAUCACUGUUUUUUUUAUGGUAGCACCAGGGCAUUUUGAUAUACAAAUGGAAAUUGUUACAAAGAUGAACUGAAAUGCAAGAGGGGUUUUUGUUUUUCUGUACACAACAAAUAACACCUUAAGGACCUUUUAAGCCACAUCGCAGCGUCCUGUAUAGAUUCAUUUCUGUUUGUUCGUUUCAGCAGGCUGGCUCUCUUAUAACUAAUGCUAUUACUACACCAAAUUUAUUUUUAACAACUUCACCCCCUUUCCUUUUUGUACUAGUCAUCGAUGGAUGUCGUUGUACAGACUGUGGAAUGUUUCAGUGUAUUUCUCUUUUUAUAAACAAACAUUUGUUCAUUUUGCUUUUACUCUUUUUAAUGAACUGAGUAAUAUUUGUAAUAUUUAGUUUUUCUGUUUGUUUUUUUCUCUCCAUUGUGUUUUGUCAGCUGUUUGUCUACAGUGCAGUAAGAUUCUCCUUGAAAUGUGAUCUGAUAGCAUGCAGUGAUUAGACCAAGGCUAGAUGUGUGUGGACGUCCAGCUGGGUUCUAUUGGAACAGAUACAGGAUGAAGAGCAGACAGGGAUGUUGUAUUCUAGAUGCCUGCUGCCUGCACACUAAUUAGGUAAAAGGUUAGAGUCACCUAGAGUCAUGAGUAAGAUUUUUAAAAGUGGGUUUACGAGCAUGUUCGCUUGUUUAACUGGAGCCUUUAUUUGAGUCCGGUGUGCAGCUGCAGAUUUGGUUUAGGCUUGACCAGAGCUGGGGCAUGAACUGACAUGAUUUACACCAUCAGGGCAGGAACACUUUCCAGAGAACCUUGAAUUGCGAUAUAUAUUGACAUACUUUUUCGAUGCAUUCUUAGUAAUUCGUUACAGGGCAAAAAACAAGUACAACUUAAUUGCUUGUAAUUAGUUCAUGGUAGUUUGAUUCAGUCUCUCGACAAAAUAUUUGCUCAUUUUUGUUUUUAGUGUAAUAGGCCAUGGUAACUUGGCGGUUAAGGUACUGAACUAGUCAUCAGAAAAAUGCUGGUUCAAGUCACACCACUGCCAGGUUGCCACAGUUGGGCCCCUGAAAAAGGCAUGGUCACAGUUGCAAGUCAAGCAGGUACCUGAUCAGUGGAGGUUGUGUUGUGGUACAGAAAGUAUUUGAAGUUGUUGUGAGGAGUGUAUUUUUAAUUUCAGUAUCUAAAAUUAGGUCAGAAACAGUUGUGCUUUACUGUUGAUCACGUCUUCAUCUUCUUUACUCACACGUUCACUUAAAAACCAGGCUGACGUGUCACUCGUGCCAAAAAGAUCACACGCCAAUGUUAAUUCUACUGCACCGAAGCAAACGGAGAACUGAGAUUUGUGUUCAUAUAAGUUUUAGAACCGUAGUAUAUUCUCCCGUCUGUCCACUUCUGUAUUCACCACCUUUGCUUUCUCUACCUCUCCUAUUCUUUCCAUUUCUCUUGUAUAUAAACCCUGCCAUUUUCAGACUCGAGUCUGUUACAAACUCCUUUUAUACCUCAACUUUAGAACUGUUCUAGUAAGAGAAAAAAAAUAAGAGAAUUGUAGUGUUCCUUAUUAGAAAAACAAAAACUAAUAAAAUAAUCUAGUGUGCUUUU